UCACGAACACUGUAAAAACGCCAAUUAGUAAACUUUUGGAGGCAGCGAGGAACGGACUUAAAUAUCAAAAGUAGACACAACAUUUGGGCGGCGUCCAUCCAAAGCAAAGCAGAUUACAAAAUGGUGGAACAAGCACUAGGAUCAAGCAGUGGCAUUUCCCCUCAGGCUGGACCUGUUGCGGUUGAAAACCACACAGUGUCUGACAUCAACAUGAGGAGAGCGGCUCAGGUCAUCGGUCGCCGGCUCGCUCUGAUCGGAGAUGAACUGGAUAACAGGUGGAAAGAAAAACUCCCCUAUCCGCGUCAUCUAAACCUGCAGGCACAUCAUAACGUGCUGAUCUGGAGAGCUAUGAAUAGAAGAAUUGUUGGCACCCUUUUUUGGUCUAAUUUUGUGCCAAUGAUGAAAGCAACCUGGGUAGUUCCACAACUACACAACCAAGCAACUAUGAAGUGGAUCACCUGGGUAAAACCCUUCAUUCCCGAUUUCUCCUGUGGGACUAAAUGUUUCCUGGCUUCUGCUGUCCUGUUAGUAGCUACAGCUGUCUUUGCUGCAGUCUGGAAAGCAAAUGAAAGUUGAACAGUGCCAAGAGCGGGUCUUUGGCUUCACGGUCAAGAAGAAUCAUGUGUGUGUGUGUGUGUGUGUGUGUGGUUUUUAGCUGAUUUUGUAUGAUUCUUUUCUAAGUGAUUGCAAAGCAAGUGCUGGUUCACAGGGUUUUUGUAAGUUGUUUGAUAAUGAUGUUGGUUUACAGUAAGGUCUGUUGCUGGUUAAUUGGGCAAAGUUGAUUUUUUGACCUUUUCCGAUAAAAGCAGGUCUGCACUACUACAGGAAGCUGGACUUUCAAUGUGAUAUUAAAAGCAAUGCAAGUAACAAUAAAGUACAUUUACUCUAAUGAA